GGGGGCGGGGACUUCAGUUGCUAGGGCCGUUGCUAUGGUGCGCGGAGGCCGGGGCGGCGGGCGGGCGUUUACUUCCGGGAGGAGAGGCGCUAAUAACCCGGAAGUGGUCGAGGGUGCGGCGCUGUUUAAAGAUGGCGGCGGAGGAACCUCAGCAGCAGAAGCCGGAGCCGCUGGGAAGCGACUCCGAAGGAGUUAACUGUUUGGCCUAUGAUGAAGCCAUCAUGGCCCAGCAGGACCGAAUUCAGCAAGAGAUUGCUGUCCAGAACCCGCUGGUCUCCGAGCGCCUGGAGCUCUCUGUGCUGUACAAGGAGUAUGCGGAGGAUGACAACAUCUACCAACAGAAGAUCAAGGACCUACACAAAAAAUACUCCUACAUCCGAAAGACCAGGCCCGACGGCAACUGCUUCUACCGAGCCUUUGGGUUCUCCCACCUGGAGGCCCUUCUGGAAGACAGCAAAGAGCUGCAGAGGUUCAAAGCCAUCUCUGCCAAGAGCAAAGAGGACUUGGUGUCCCAGGGCUUCACCGAGUUCACAAUUGAAGAUUUCCACAACACGUUCAUGGACCUGAUCGAGCAGGUGGAGAAGCAGACGUCGGUGGCCGAACUGCUGGCCUCCUUCAACGACCAGAGCACCUCGGACUACCUGGUGGUCUACCUGCGGCUGCUCACCUCGGGCUACCUGCAGCGGGAAAGCAAGUUCUUUGAGCACUUCAUUGAGGGGGGACGGACCGUCAAGGAGUUCUGCCAGCAGGAGGUGGAGCCCAUGUGCAAGGAGAGCGACCACAUCCACAUCAUCGCGCUGGCGCAGGCCCUCAGCGUCUCCAUCCAGGUGGAGUACAUGGACCGCGGGGAGGGCGGCACCACCAACCCCCACGUGUUCCCGGAGGGCUCGGAGCCCAAGGUGUACCUCCUGUACAGGCCCGGACACUACGACAUCCUGUACAAAUAGGCGGCGCCCGGCCCGCCCGCCCCGCCCCUCCCCUCCCCCGCUCACAGGCGUUCGACAUGGACAGGUUUCUUGUGGUUGUAAAUGGUAUGUUUCACUGUCCCUCCCCCUCCCUGUCACCCAUGACCGUGCGUGUUUUAUUAAAGGGGAUGCUGGUGGUGAGGCCGUGUGUGCGCGCCCGUGUAUUGCUGCUGCUGCGCGCCCUGGGGAGGGCACCGGCGCCUCCUGCCCUUCCUCCCGGGCUGAGUGGCGCCCUCGUCGCAUCCUUCCACCGGCCUCGGGUCGGGAUCCGGACUCCCUCCCCGGGGAGCCCCACUGUGCUUCCACUGCUCUGGCCGCUGCCAGUCUUGCCCGGGCUCGAGCCCCGCGGACGGAGGGGCGGCCCGGCCUCCGGCUGCCUCCGCCCUCCCGUCCCCUGCUUCUGCCUUCCUGGCGCCUGCCCUGCUCUCGCUUCUUAGAAGGUUUGGCUUGUUCUUCGCUCUGCCCCCAGCAGAGGGCAGUGCCACCCUGCAGCAGCAUGGCGCAGCCCCCCAUGCCCCAUGCCCCGGGCCCGGGGGCUGCCAUCAUCCAGGGGGCAGCGCCCGGCCUCCCCCGCCCCUCCCCCUGCUCUGCCCCUCCCCCGCUUUGGCUCACGGGGCCUUGACUGGCGUUUCUCUGCUCUCUUCCGAGUUCUCCAUGCUUCCACCGGGGGAAGGCAGGCGGGUCUCCCUCCCCAGCGCCAUCCGCGCCACAGAAGAGCCCCAGAACGACUGGUUUGUCCGCCUCCUCCUAGACUGUGAGCCCCCCGCGGGCAGGGCGCGUGGCCGUGUGUUCUGUGCAACUGUAUCGCCUCAAUAAAUGUGAACUCGUUGUUGGCAAA